AUGAAGACCAUAGUGAAACAGGCGAACGAUGUGGAUGCGGGAAACACUUGCCGCUAUGCCUGGGGCGGUUUCACCACCACUGACUUUGCUGUGGACGAGUACGGACUGUGGCUAGUGUACGGGAACAAACGUAACAACUGUUACCUGGUCAUCGCCAAGAUCAACCCGGACACUCUCGACGUGGAGAAAUCGUGGGAGACGACCAUUAAUAUCAAGAGCGUUGGCAACAUGUUCAUGAAAUGUGGCGUGCUUUACGCCACACAUUCUUACUAUGCUACUUCAAAUUACAUCCGCUAUACCUAUGAUACCAACACUGGGAAACAAGAGGCGCUUUCUUCAUCUAAGAUCCCUUUUACGCAACCUGGGAAAAUCAAUUCCAUGUUAGAUUACAACCCCCAUGACGGCCUUCUGUAUUAUGCUGAUAAAUAUUACGGAUAUCUUGCAACUUUUCCAAUUGUCUAA